GAACAUAGUAAGGGCCCAAUAAAUAUUAUUUUAUAUAAUUACAGCAAUACAUGUUAAAGGCUGCCCAGCCAUUUUAUGAAAUGGUUACCACAAAAGAAAUGCUAAUGGUUUUAAUUUUUGCAUCUUUUGGAUGCCAUGGGAAGAGGAAGUGGGAGUCGUUCAUUGCCCUGUGGGUGGCCUGGCUUUGGUAGAUGGAGGGGAACCUGGCCCUGAGGUCUGGGGUUCUCAUCCCCCAUCUUGCUUCAACCCGCAUGCCCAGGCCCACUGCUGGAAGACUGGGACAUAAUCAGCCCCAAGGAUGUCUUCGGCUCCAACGUGCUGCUGACUAAGAAACGAUCAUCGCUGAUGGCAGUUGCUCUGCCGUUCACACAGUCCAUCCUCUCUCAGGUAGGUCGCACCUUGUCCAAGGUGCAACAGGUGCUGAGUUGGUCAUAUGGGGAAGAUGUCAAGCCCUUCAAGCCACCCUUGAGUGAUGCUGAGUUUCACAUGUACCUGAACCACGAGGGACAGCUCUCCCGCCCUGAAGAGUUACGCCUGCGAAUCUAUCACGGUGGUGUCGAGCCCUCCCUGAGAAAGGUGGUGUGGCGGUAUCUACUGAAUGUAUACCCUGACGGGCUGACAGGCCGCGAGAGAAUGGACUAUAUGAAACGCAAGAGCUAUGAGUAUGAGCAGCUCAAGAGUGAAUGGGCACAGCGGGCAAGCCCUGAGGAUCUGGAAUUCAUCUGCAGCACAGUCCUCAAGGAUGUGCUGCGUACUGACCGGGCCCACCCCUACUAUGCAGGGCCUGAGGAUGGCCCGCACCUGCGGGCACUGCACGACCUGCUUACCACCUACGCCGUCACCCACCCACAGGUGUCCUACUGCCAGGGCAUGAGUGACCUUGCCUCGCCCAUCCUUGCUGUCAUAGACCACGAGGGCCAUGCCUUCAUCUGCUUUUGUGGCAUCAUGAAGCGCCUGGCUGCAAACUUCCAUCCUGACGGCCACGCCAUGGCCACCAAGUUUGCCCACCUCAAGCUGCUACUGCGACAUGCCGACCCUGACUUCUUCCAGUACCUGCAAGAAGCUGGUGCUGAUGAUCUCUUCUUCUGUUACCGCUGGCUGCUGCUCGAGCUCAAGCGUGAAUUCGCCUUUGACGAUGCCCUCCGCAUGCUUGAGGUCACCUGGAGUUCACUGCCCCCAGAUCCUCCUGAACAUGAGGUUGAGCUUGUAGGACCCCCCAGCCAAGUGGGAGACACUGGCUUCUGUGGCCACGGGGGGCCUGUGCGACAGAGGCAUAUGCUGAGGCCUGCUGGUGGAGGAAGCGUUGCCUUCGAAGAUGCUGUUGACCACUUGGCCACAGCUAGCUGGGGGCCUAGUGGCGGGGGCCGUCUCCUGAGACAAACCAGCUUAAACGACCUCCAACAAUUCAGGGAUAACACGAGCCCCAGGAGGGAACCUCUGUUCCAGCUGCCACAUCCAGCCACUCUCCUCAACUCCAAGUCCCUCUCUGAGCCCUUCCUGAAUUCCCCAGACCCACUGCUCUCCUCCUCCUCCCACCCUGAUUCCCCAUCCUCAUCAUCUCCGCUAUCUACCCAGGAGGCCUCUCCUGCUGGCAGUAUGGCUGCAGGAUCCCCCCUGAUGCAAGACAUGGGCUCCCCACAGGACCAUGGGAAGUCUCUGCCACCCCCACCACCACUGGGCCUGCCACCACCACAGGAGUUUGGCCGGGGAAACCCAUUCAUGCUUUUCCUCUGCCUUGCCAUCCUGCUGGAGCACCGUGACCACAUCAUGCACAACAGGCUGGAUUACAACGAGCUGGCCAUGCACUUUGACCGCCUUGUGAGAAAACACCACCUGGGGCGGGUUCUACGUUGGGCCAAGGCUCUCUUCGCUGAUUACCUACAGUCAGAGGGGUGGGACUCGGAGGAAGGGGCCGAGGCCACAGCCCCAUUUUGAUCAGGCCUUCUCCAUCCCACCACCAGCCCUGCCAGAUCCCCAUUCUCUGAUGUGCGGG